AUGUUCGGCUAUGGUGGGCAAGCAAAACCCCCGCGGCCGCCUGGGUCGAAGUGGCGAUGGCGGGACCAAGUCAUGACGGGCCUUUACGCGUUUGACAAUGGGGCGGAAUCGUCUCCCGCGUGCAGCACCGCUGCGACGGUUGAGAUGACCUCGGCCGAGAAGCUCACAGCAUGGGCCCAGUCGCUCGGCAAACCGCUGCGCUGCACAUCGUGCCGGUUGCGAAUCCAAAUGACGGAAAAAACAGUCAUGUACCACCUGAUAUCGAAAUAUCGUGUUGGGGACGCCUCGGAGAGACGUUUUGCUCUCAUUUUUCCUGUCAGUGGUUGCGGUGCGGCCCUGACGUCACUUUUGGCGCGCAUCAAUAAGAGAGCCGUGGUGGGACAGCUGGUGCGGACAGAAACAGAUGCAUCCGGACAAUUACUGCAAGUAGUGGCGGCGACAUACAUGCCUGAUGAAGCUUCCACAGCUAAACACCGCACUCAUCUCGUGACAACCUACAGCAUUACGCCCCAUGCAUCCGACGUGAUUGACGAGAAGGCGGCAGAAGUGGGAGCGGAAAUACUUGUGGAGAUUCGAUGGAUUUCAAAAGAAAUGACGUGGUGUGGGCCCCACACGUUGCGGAUUGUGUACCCGUUCGUAUGUGCACCACGCUUGCCGGAUAAAAUUGUCUGUCGUACGCUGUUUUCAUCUCCCCUCAAAAUGGUAGCUAGCCCCAACUGCCGCAGCGGUGGGGGCGUGUUGAGUUGGAGGCUACGCAAAAUGGGUUGCAAGAUUUGGCUCACCCCGCAGAACGCCGCAAAGACGUUGCGGCGCGGCGACGAUGUUUUCAUCCUCACAUUUUACUUUCAGAACACCCUUCACGCUGGGUACCAGUGGGGCUCUCUCAGCCCUGUGCUUCUUGUGAUCUUCCUGGGCAUCAUACUGUGGAUGAUGCUAACGAAAGAUCUGAGUGUCUGA